AUGGAUUCAGAAAACAAUGACUCAUGGACUUGGUUCUUUCAGAAGUUGCGACAAAUAAUCGGUAACACAGACGAGCUAAACUUUAUUUCUAACUGUGCAACCAGCAUAUCAAAUGGUUUCAAUAGCGUUUAUCUUAACGCACAACAUGGACAUUGUAUAUGGCAUUUGCAAACUAACUUGAAGAGCAAAUUUCCUCGCAUAGAUAUUGUGCCAUUGUUUAGAGCUACCGCAGAGCGUGGAGUAUGGUCAAGAGCACAUUUCAAUGGAAUCAGAUACAAUAAUAUGACCACAAACAACGCAAAAUCAUUAAAUUCAUUGUUGAGAAGUGCUCGAGAAUUUCCUAUACUUGCUUUGAUUGAGUAUAUCAGGGAAAGGAUGCAGAGAUGGUUUCAUGAUAGGCGCAUUGAUGUCGAAAAAUAUACAAGCUACCUUAUCCCGCCUUUGGAGAAGAAGAUGUAUGAUAGAUAUAAUAAGUUAAAAGGUUUAGAGGUAAAAGCUCUUAGCCCAGAUGAAAUGCAAGUGAGUGAUGAAAUGAAAAGUUUUAUUCUUAAUUUGGAGAUGGGAACAUGCACAUGUAAGGAAUUUGAUCUGGACCAAUUUUCAUGUGCACAUGUAAUUGCUGUAGUAAGAACUAUUGGAGAUAACUAUUACAGGUUUUGCUUUCCAUUUUAUAGCUCUUCUUAUGGGAAACAAGCUUAUUCUGAAUAUAUAUAUCCACUGCCAAAUGAGGCGGAUUGGGAAAUUUUCGAUAAUGUUCGAUCAAGAAUGAUCAUGUACCAGUUGGUGAGAGACAUGAAUGAUGAAGAUAAAACGGCACAUCUGCUGAAUUUUGACCGUUAUGAUGUACUUUUGUAG